AACAAUCGGUCUCAGAAGUCCCAAUUCACAUUCACGCCCUCACGAGAUCAUCUUUUCAAACCGAGUUAUUGCCAGGUUCCCUUCCGAAAAAAAUAGGAUCUUUGGCAACCCGGGCUCUUUCCAUCCCCAAAGCCUAUGAACUAAAGGCGCCAAUCACUCGCACAUAUGCAGGCGCAAUGGACCCGGACGCCAUUCCGCCUGGCUGUCCCUAUCCCGGGGCUCCUGUCAAGUCCACGUGUGGCAGCUAACCCAUCCACACCUGCAACACCACCCUUCCUCCUUACUCACAAUCCGAGGCCAAGAUCAAGGAUACCGCCGUCAACCCCAGCACCAAGCCUCCCUACCCGGCUCUCCUCCUCCUCGGCCUCCUCCCAGUGGAAACUCCGCCAAGGCAAGGACUACUUCGCGCGCUCGGCCCGCGUGCAGGGCCUCAAGUCGCGCGCCGCCUUCAAGCUCCUCGAGCUAGACGACAAGUACCACCUCUUCUCGCGGAACCAGGGCCAGGUGGUUGUUGACCUGGGCUUUGCCCCCGGCAGCUGGUCCCAGGUUGCGCUGGACCGCACCGCGCCAAACGGGAGGGUCGUGGGGAUCGACAUCAUCCCCGCGCAUCCGCCGCGGGGUGUGAGUACAAUCCAGGGGAACUUCCUAAGUCCCGGGGUGCAGGGUAUGGUGAAGCAGUUUCUUCUGGAAGGGGAGAAGCGGAGGCUGGCGGCUAAGGCGGCGGCCAGGGAGGCAGAGGAGACCAAACUGAUGGAGGAAAAGAACGGGAAAGGGGAGGAGGAUGAGGGGGAUGAAGUUGCCGAUCGGCCGAGUUAUAUCGAGAUGGAACGGAUGGCGGCGCGGGAGAGCGAUGCCGAGAGUACUGUCUCAUCGCCAUCGCCAUCGCCAUCACCUGACGAAGCAGGCCGCAACAGAGAAAAAGAAGAAAAGCCAAACCUCCGGUUGGUAGACGUAGUCCUCAGCGACAUGAUGAUGAACACGAGCGGCAUCGCCUUCAGAGACCACGCCGGGAGCAUGGACCUCUGCCACGCCGCACUCUCCUUCGCCUCGGACACGCUCAAGCCCGGGGGCCACUUCGUGUGCAAGUUCUAUCAGGGCGCCGAGGACAAGGCUUUUGAGAAACUGCUUCAGAAGAUGUUUGCCAGGGUGCACCGGGAGAAACCCGAGUCGUCACGAAGCGAGUCGAGGGAGGCGUUCUUCGUGGCUCUGAAGAGGAAAGGAGAGGUGACGUUGGCCGAUGUCGAGGGCCGCUAAUGGACAGCCCCGCCGGCAAGAGGAGCCAAUGGCCCAUUGUAUCAUAGUCGUGACCGGGUACACAACACAUCACAAUUGUAUGAUAAUUCAGACAUACACGACAUACGUCGCAGUGGGGCCC